UCCACUUGUUUUUCUUGUCUCCUCUUAUGCAGGUGGAAUCCAUCUCUUUCCCAGGCUUCCUGGUGGGAGCUGAAAGUCCUGGUCCCUUUCCUCUGGAAGACGAUCCCAACACUCUCAGGUUUCCCAAUGCUGAACCACACUUUUCCUGGAUGGAGCUAGGAGAAGAGCUACAGUUGCCAGAUUCAGGAGACAGGCAAGAAUUGACUGUUGUUAAUUCAGGCUUUGACACACCAAGUGAGGAAGAGCAAGAGGAAGAAAUGGUGGAGGAAAUUGAGGAGCAAGAGUCUAGGACUUUCCCUGAGACCUGUGAUUGGUCCCAGGUGAUGUCGGAGGAGAAGUUUACCGAUGCCCUGGUCACGGCUGAUCCUCGUCCAUUCUGCUGCUUGGAGUGCGGGAAGGGAUUUGCCCAGAGAUCAAACCUGGUGAAACAUCAGCGGAUCCACACAAGGGAACGCCCGUUCCGRUGUCCUGAAUGUGGACGGGGAUUCAGCUGGAGCUCAUYGUUGGCCGAGCACCUCAAAACACAUGGUGGGUGCCGUCCCCAUGCCUGCGGCGAGUGCGGGAAGUGCUUUGCUCGUGGCUCGACGCUGGCAGAGCAUCAGYGGGUGCACACUGGGGAGAAGCCUUUCCGGUGCCAGCAGUGYGGAGCCCGUUUCUCCCAGAGCUCCAYCCUGGCGCACCAUCUGCGCACGCACUCUGGGGAACGGCCCCACAUCUGUCCCAACUGUGGGAAGUGCUUUGGCCGCAAGUCCACCCUUGUCACGCAYCAACGGACUCACACCGGAGAGAAGCCCUACCUCUGSAAGGAGUGUGGACGCUGCUUUGGUGUCAGCUCCGAUCUUGCCAAACAUGUACGCAACCAUCGUGCUAAUGGUGGCAAGUGGGAGAAUAAUGGGACAAGAAGAUGCCCGGUAAUAAAGAGGAAGAAAGAAGAAACUGAAGAAGCUUUCCAAAAGGACUUGGAUAUAGCCAAAGAGCCUCAAAGUGAGCCUGCGGAUAGAAAUGAAGGGGGAACUCAGUGUGGAGAGAACGUUCUCCAGGAUUCUGCACUAGCUAUCCAUCAGAGUGAGACUUCUGACCAUUGCCAACCAUGUAUAGAAGUCUUCCCUGACCCAUCAGAACUAGAAGCCCAAGCAAAUCAUGACAUAGAGAAGAAGCCUUACAAAUGUUCCAGCUGUUGUGCUUGCUUUUUUGAAAGACCUGCACUUGAAAUGCACAACAGGGUACACCUUGAAGGUCUAUCCUCCCAUUGCCCCCAAGAAGGAGAGGACUUCCCCAAUAGUUCUGAUUUGGAGCAGUGCCAAAGUGUUCCUGAUGUAGAAGAGAAACCUUUAAAGUAUAUGGAGCACAGGGCCAACUUCGAUGAAACCACGGUUGUAGCUACACAGGAGAUAAUCCCCUUGGAUGAGGAACCUUAUGCUUGCACACAGUGUAAAAAAAAGUUUCUCAGUAAAGAUGAGCUGACAUUUCACCAGGAGAGUCACACUGUUCAGGAAAAAGAGGAUGAGAAGUCUUAUCAGUGCCCUGUUAGCAAUGCUCCAUUCUCUGACAGUACAGUUUUUGUGAUGGAUAAUGCGAGUCACGAAGCAGAUGGACAAUCUCAUUGCUGCCAUCAGUGUGGUGAAAUGUUCAUGACUAACUCAGAACUUGCUGUUCACCAGUUGAGUCAUCCAGGAGAAGCUUCUUUGGACAAACCAUAUUCUUGUGCUACCUGUGCCAAGACCUUUGCCCUUUUUGCCACACUAGUUGCCCAUGAGCAGACUCACAUGUCAGAUGAUGAUGCCUACUGUUGCCCAAAGUGCGGCGAACAUUUCCCAGACAGUAGCAAGCUGUGGAGACACCAGCAACGUCACUUGGGUGAGGAGAGGCCUUUCUGCUGCCCAGCUUGCGGCAAGGGCUUUGUGCUCCUUUCGGGGCUUCGGCAACACCAGCGUGACCCUCCUUUCCGGUGUCCGCAGUGCAGCAAGACCUUUGUGUGGCGCUGCCGGCUGACUGAACACCGCCGGAACUGCCAUCCAGCUGAACGGCCCUAUAAAUGCCCUGAGUGUGGCAAGAGCUUUGCGCAGAGUUCAAAACUUCUUCGACACCAGGUGACACAUACUGGAGAGAAACCUUUCAAGUGCCCUGAAUGUGGCAAGAUCUUCAGCCAGAGCUCCAAUCUGGUGGAGCACCGUCGCACCCAUGCUCCUGGUAAAGCCCAUCGCUGUGCCAUCUGCAGCAAAGCUUUUGCUCUGGGUUCCUAUUUAGCCAAGCAUCAGGCCACUCACACUGGUGCUCGUCCUUUCCGGUGCACCGAGUGUGGCAAGGGUUUCCGGCAGAGCUCCAAUCUCAUCCAGCACCAGCGCACUCACACAGGAGAAAGGCCAUAUGUUUGUGCCUCCUGUGGCAAAUCCUUCACCCAGAACUCACACUUGAUCAAGCACCAGCGAGUUCACACGACUGAGCGCCCCUACCGCUGCCCUUUGUGCGGCAAGAGCUUUCGGCAACGCGGCAACCUGGCUGAGCACCAGCACCAACACGUUGGUACCCGGCCAUAUAUCUGUGGCACUUGUGGGAAGUCGUUCCGGUGGAGCUCUGCUUUCUCCAAACACCAGCGUCUCCACCUUGACUCUGAUCUUUGACCCUCUGCAAGGGGAACAAGAGACAACAGAUGCUCUUAGUACUGGGAUAGGCACCUGGACCAAUAUACCCACCCAUAUGAGCAACAUAGAACCUUGCACUCCCCAAAAUACAGUGGCUCUUGGUUAACUGGGGCUCAAGCAAUCAGUGAAAAAUUGAAGAAACAAUACUUUACAUACUAUAAAUAAAAUACGAGCAGA